CUGAACUAGUCUGCGUCACUGAAACGUCGUGGUUAGUUCUCGGCUCUCCUGGCGGAAUCCCCCGGAACAUAUGAUGUGUUCUUUUUAACCUUGCUGUUUGCGAUAGAGGUGAAAAUCUACAUGUAACCGUAAAGGUUUAAAGAUGUUGACAGCCGCCGCCCGUUCGUCUCUGCGACACGGGACUAAAAUAUCAGUUUCCAGGUUAUGGAUCCUGUCAGCCGCCAGGCAGACACCAACCACACUGUCCCCUGCUCUAUCGAGGUGUUUCUCCGCGGGACACGCUGCUCGGUUUGCGUCUCUGUCAGCUUCUUCUAGAGAAGAUACUUUCGGAUCCCUCUCCAAAGACCUGACCUCCAGGAGUUCGUUCAAGAAAAGCAGUCCAGACAUCCGGGACCUGCGUCACCGAGACGAAGAAGAAGAGGCGGAUGACCUGGACAAACCCCGAAGGAGGCCUGGGAGGAGAAAUACUCCCUACUGGUACUUCCUACAGUGCAAGAAGCUGAUCAGAGAGAACAAGCUACAGGAAGCUCUGGAUAUGUUCAGCAGAGAAAUGCUACAGGAGGAGAGGCUGCAGCCUGAGGAGUACAACUACUCUGUCCUGAUCGGAGGCUGUGGUCGAGCUGGACAGCUCAAAAAGGCCUUCAAACUUUACAAUGAUAUGAAGAAACGAGGUCUGGAGGCUUCAGAUGCCACCUACACAGCACUGUUCAACGCCUGCGCCGAGUCUCCGUCAAAACAUGCCGGACUCCAGCAAGCGCUGAAGCUUGAGCAAGAGCUCCGUCGCAAAAGCUACCCCCUGAGUACCAUCACGUACCACGCUCUGCUCAAGACUCACGCCGUCACCAACCACCUUCAAGCCUGCAUCCACACGCUGAGGGAGAUGCUGCAGAAUGGACACGCCGUAACUCAGGAGACGUUUCACUACCUGCUGAUGGGCUGUUUGAAAGACAAGGAGACGGGCUUCAGACUGGCUUUACAGGUGUGGCGGCAGAUGCUGCGGUCAGGAAUCGUUCCCGAUUCAAAGAACUACAACAUGCUCUUACGAACUGCCCGGGAUUGCGGGAUCGGUGAUUCUGCCAUAGCCACAAAUAUUCUCCUGAGUUCUGAGUCCAACAGCUGGAGAGACACCAAAGACGCGUCCAAGGAGCGCUGCAGGGCUGUGGUGGACCUUGACCUUCUGGAGAAGCAGCUGUUCUUCCAGCAGGAGCCACACAGUAACGAUCAUCUGCAGGACAACAGUGAGGGAACAGAGUCCACCCAUCUGGUUCCGGUCCGACAAACAGAAACCGUCCCACUGCCUACAGCUGAUUCUGUAACACCCAGCUUGCUGGACCUUUUUGAAGGGCACCAGGGAUCUGUGCUCUCACUCAACGCCGCGGAUGUGACGUCUGAUCGGCUUGCCCUGAUUGGUGGAGCCAAAGGUGUUCUGGAGAAGAUGGAAGCGAGCGGACUCACUCCGGACCUCAGAACUCUGACUCUUCUGGCUGACUUGGUGGAGCCGGGCUACCAGUCCCUGCAGCUGUUGCUGCGAGCCGCCAAACAGCAUCGAGUUAAACUUGAUGUCGCGUUUUUCAACUCGGCGAUUCGGAAGGCAGCUAAAACGAGUAACACUGAUGAGGCUAAGGCUGUGCUGAGUGUGAUGAAACAGCGUAAUGUAAAUGUGAACAUACAGACGUUUGGAUGUCUGGCUUUAGCCUGCAAUCGGAAGGAGGACGGUCUUCAGCUGCUCAGAGACAUCCAGGAUGCAGGACUGAGACCCAACGUCCACGUGUUCUCUGCUCUGAUUGGUCGAGCAUCUCGGAGAUUGGAUUAUAUCUACCUAAAAGUACUCUUGAAAAGCAUGGAAGAGAUGAGCGUGUGGCCUAACGAGGUCAUAAUCAAGCAGCUGGAGUUCGCUGCUCAGUAUCCUCCCAACUACAACCAGUACGAGUCUAGAAACAACUACCUGGUACACAUAGAUGGUUUCCGUGGUUACUACCAGUUGUGGCUGAGAAAAAUGCCGGCUCAGAGUGCUGAGGAGGAGCAGUCACAGUCUGAGAUGGGUGGUGUGGAGCUGACGACAGAAGAUGGACUGACGGAGGCUCAGAGGAAUCAGCGAGCAGCAGCUAGGAGAUCUAAAGCCCGCCACAGCAUCAGAACUGUAGCAUGAAAAUAUUUCAGUUACAGGAUUAGCUAGAUAACGCUGGAUGGAUUUAAAUCAUCGGAACGGAGCAUGAAUGUUGCAUUGAUACAUAUUUGUAAUUUAUGACAAAUUUUGUACAAUAAAAUUUUUUUCUAGUGAA